CCGAGCGGCGAUAUGGGACUUUACAGCGCCGGAGGCAAUGGCGGCACCGUGAGCGCUCGCGGAUAUCUCAGGUACCACAAUUAUUAUCGCAAAAGGCACGCAGUACAAGAGCUGUCUUGGCAGACGAAACUCCAAGCUGCUGCUCAAGAGGCUGCCAACCGAUGCAAGUUCGAGCAUACGCAUGGUCAAUGGGGCGAGAACAUCUAUGCCUCCACCAGCGAUCCGCCUGUCUCCGAGGUCGUUGGUAGUUGGUACAAUGAGGUAAACGACUUUGGAAGUGGCGGCUUCUCAGAAGCGACGGGACACUUCACUCAGAUCGUUUGGAGUGACACUGACGCCGUUGGCUGCGCCAAAGCAAAGUGCUCCGGCAAUGACUUGGGCUUUGGUUCCUCCUUCGGCGAGGGAUACGUCGUCUUCUGCGAAUACAAUCCUCCUGGCAACGUGCUAGGAGAGUUUCAGCAAGAGGUGGCCGCUCCGCAAGCUGCCAGCAGCGAUCGAGCUGUGCGCACAAAGAACAACGGCAGCAAAUCGUCUUCGCGGCGUUCGAGCUACCGAAAGUCGCAGUCGUGGCACAGCGGCACCACAUAA